UUUUUUAUUCGUUUGCAUUUGGUCUUGGAUAUCGGCUUUGCCGAUGAUUCGGGUUUGAGUUCUUCUUCCGGUUUGACUUCUGGUUUUGCUUUCUCCUCAUCGUCAACUUUGUAUUCACCUUCGGCUCAUUCCUGCUUAAUGGGUUUUUCGUAUCAACGUAGUUCAAGAAGUAGUUUCUGGGGUGGGUUGGGGUUCGGGAGUUGUAAAUGUGAUAAGUUCCUUUGCGCACUUUCCGAUUUUAGCAUUCAGAUUAAAGAAACUUUCUUGGCUGGCGAAAUUUGGUCUUCUUCAAUUAGCCAAAUUAUUUUAAGAAAAUCAAAAAGGUCAUCUGAAUCACAACCUCCAAUUCCACGCAAAAAACGACUAAAAUAUGGAUACUCAAAUAAAAGUGGUCUUGGGGUUUUGAUUUCUCAACCACAAAAAAACCAAAGGGAUUAUUACUAUUACAACGAUAUAAAUUGGGCCGCUAAUCAUGCCGAAGUUGAGUGUGGGAGGAACAGAAAAAAAACUCUUAGGGAACUCGAUGAUUGUAUUCUUGAACAAUUCACAAAAAAGCACGGUUGUGGAACCUCAACUGGAUAUAAAGAACAAAGAGACCAAAAAUUACAGGAAUUAGACCAAUUACAAAAAGACAUUAUCCGCUUGGCAAGCCGAAGUAAGCAGUCA